GCACAUCUAACAACCAUGGGCAUUGUUCGUAGCCGUCUGCACAAGCGCAAGAUCACCGGUGGGAAGACCAAGAUCCACCGUAAGCGCAUGAAGGCGGAGCUGGGCCGUUUACCCGCGAACACGCGUCUUGGACCGCGCCGUGUGAGCCCCGUUCGCGCCCGCGGAGGGAACUUUAAGCUGCGUGGCCUGCGCCUGGAUAACGGCAACUUCGCCUGGGGUACCGAGGCGAUAGCCCUUCGCUCGCGUAUUCUUGACGUUGUAUAUAAUGCGACCUCUAAUGAGCUGGUACGCACGAAGACCCUCGUGAAGAACUGCAUCGUGGUGAUCGACGCCUCGCCGUUCAAGCAGUGGUACGCCAAGCACUUCGGCAUUAAUUUCGAUGCCGAGGCGAAGGGCCCCAAGGCUGUCCAGGAAAAGAAGGCCCGCAAGGUUGCGGCCUCCGCGACGGUUGUGAAGUACGACAUCACCAAGGCCUCGACGAAGCUGCAGCGCGCCUGGGCAUUCCGCCGCCGUUCCCACAAGAUCGAGAAGUCGAUCGCGGACCAGCUGCGUGAGGGCCGCCUCCUUGCUCGCAUCACCAGCCGUCCUGGUCAGGUUGGGCGUGCCGAUGGCAUGAUGCUCGAGGGUGCUGAGCUCCAGUUCUACAUGAAGAAACUUGAGAAGAAGAAGUAAAUGCUUUCAUUCAUUUUCUUUAUUUAACUUAUUUACCCAUUAAAGUAACAAUCUGCCAUACUGGGUGAGGAGCAAAAAAAAA